GUAAAAACCAGAUUAUAUGAUAUGUAAGUGAGAGUCCUAUAAAAGCACUUAAAAAAUCUGUUCCAUUAUCAUCAGCUGAACUCUGUGUCUUCUACAACAAGCAAGACAGAUCCUGCAUUUACUGAACGUUAGCCUAAUUCCUCUGUGAAGAAAAAAAAAAUGGCAACACAUCUAAUAACAAAGCUCAAUGUCUCCACCAGUAAAGAUGAGGAAGAAAUACUUGGAGCUAAUGGUUAUCAGCUCAUCAAUUCUGACCUCAAUGAAGGAACUGGUAAAAACCGGAUCUUUAUUUGGUACAAGAAAGAGUGUGGCUUAAAACCAGUAACCAGGAUCCAGUUUUCAUUCAAUGACGGCAUGAAAUCUGGUCUGGCUGAUGCUGGGUAUGAGCUGGUGGACAAGGAUCUGAAUGCAGGAGCUGGAGGAGAUCGCAUCUUUAUGUGGUACUUCUAUGGCAGCACUGAAUCUGACAUCCCAAUCGUGAACAUCGAGGUAACCAAAGGCGCUAAUGAAGAACCUGCUCUUCUAAGAGAUGGCUGGGAGAGACUGGGCUGUGAUCUGAACCGUAGGGUGGGAGGAAAGUACAUCUACCUGUGGGUGAAAAGAGAAAAGCCAAGCUACAUCUGUGAGAUCACAGCCACAGUUGACUACACUGGUGACAAGCAGAAGUUUGAUCUGGGCUUCACUCGUGUGGAUGAAGACACCAAUCGGGGUGCUGGUGGAAACUUCGUCUUCCUCUGGUAUCGCCGCUCGACUGAUAAGAGCAAAGCUCUCACUGCUCUUAAUGCAUCCACCGACUUCCAAGAAAAUGUAAGGCUUCAGAAUGAAGACUUCAAAAAGGUCAGCGUUAAUCUCAACUCUGGAACCCAGGGAAAAGAUGUCUUUGUAUGGUACCUGACCGAAGGAUGUGAAUCACAGAUCAAAAACAUGGUUCUGCUGAUCAACCAUGAGGCCUGGACCGUGUAUCAGAAAGCUGGUGUCAACUUUGUUGACAAAAAUCUGAAUGAGGGCAACAAGGGCCGCAAAAUGUACUUAGCGUACGAAUAGUGCAGUAGCUUAGAUAGUCUAACCGGUGCCACUGUAUGGCAACUAUAAGCACAGUUAUUGGAAAUUGUAAUGCACGACUUAAAAAUCACUCUUUAAAAUCCUUUUAAAAUCCUUUUGCCACAUAAUGUUGACUUAAUGUUGUAACACACUCUAUCAAACUUCAUUUGGCUUUUGCUUUUACAUUUUUGUUAUAAUGCACAAUGAAAUAAAGGCUUCUUUA